ACGAUUCCGACACGUGCGCGGGAAGGUGGACGUGUGGAAGUGACCUAACAUAUUCGGACAUUAACUGUCAUUGUGAUGAGCUAUGGGUCAUUAUGAACGACUGUUGCGAUGAUUUUGUAACCGAGCAGUCAUUUGAAAGAACAACUCUUGGAGUAAACGCGGACCAGUUCUCAUGCGAGAGGCACCGAUGGUCAACUCCUCGAUAAGAAAUUGUUGGCUGGUUCCACCGAUUUCAACCUGUGCAAAUAAUUCAGUCGAGGAGCUUAUUGGCUUUUGUGAACAAGGUCAUUAUUACAUUGUUUUUGAUAAAUAUGGAACCAUGUACAGAAACGAGCAUUGUGCAAAGUGCAAUGGGGUGGAUAUGAGCAAGUUCUUUUGUGAAAGAAGGACGCUUUUUAAGAAGGGGAACAGGGAACGAAAGACAAGUCUAAGGCUUCUUGUGGACCUUAAUCUCAGUACAGCGUACAAGGAUGGAGAAAUCAUCAAGUCCAGGAAAUGUAGUAAUGAUGAAAUAUAUGAUAUAGUGCACGACAGAUGUCGGGAGGUAUUUUGCCCACUAACUACGUUUGCACAAGAAGGUCGCUGCAUCCCCAAUACUUUAAACCAAAAUUCUCGCGAGGUAGACCACAUGCAACAAUAUUCCUACAGUAAUAACUGUACCUGGGCGAAACUAGAUCCAGCUGAAUACAUGUUUAUAAACAAUUCCAAUGUGUUUAUUUUAUCGACACAGGAAACCUACAACAGUUCUCAAUUCCACCAGAAUGGUUCAGAUGUUUUCGUCUGCCACAGUGUAAACAAUACCUGUGUUCAGUGUGAUUCGGUCCAUGUUAAGUUCAACUUUGAUGAGACAGAAGAGUACUUGUCAAAAAUCGGACUCGUAAUUUCAAUUAUUUCUCUCCUUUUGACAGUCUUCGUUUAUGUCACUUUUUCGCAGCUUCUGAAUACUCCAGGAAAGAUCCUUCUGUGUUUGGUGGUAUCUCUUUUGCUUGCGCAAUUGUUUUUCUUGAUUUCUUCUGAAGUGUCUUCUCAUCCUUUAGCCUGCAAAAUACUGGCUAUCGUCGACCAUUAUUUUUUUUUGGCAGCCUUUUGCUGGAUGAAUGUUAUCGCAUUCGAUUUGUGGAAAACUUUCUCAAGUAAGUUUACAGCUUACAGCUCAAGCGGAAGUGCGAGGAAAAGGUUGCUCUUUUACAGUAUCUAUGGCUGGGUUACUCCGUUGUUAAUUGUUGGUGUGGCAUUGUUCUUAGAGUUUGGGCAACUUGACAGUAUAGAUACAAGCCAAAAACCAUUCUAUGGGCGAAACAUAUGCUGGAUUAGCUCGCGCAAUAGUCUAAUCAUUUUUUUUCUUGGUCCUCUUGCUCUUUUCAAGGUCUUUGACAUAACUUCUUUCAUCUUUACCGCCGUAUAUAUUGCCAGAGCAAGGAAACAAGGAGCCGUUGCUAGGAGAAAGAAGAAUACGUGCUCGUUGCUGAUCAACAUCAAGCUCUCUCUAGUCAUGGGUCUCACGUGGGUGUUUGCCUUUGUUGCAAAUGUUGCAAACUUGCAGUUUAUGUGGUACUUGUUUAUAAUAUUCAACACACUACAGGGCCUUUUCAUCGCCAUUAGUUUCCUUUGCACGAGGAAAUUUUUCCGGCUGGUGCACGAGAAAUACGAGAUACUCUCCAGCACAUUUAAUUUCCGCCAGUCUACCACAUAA